AUGGACGCCAGUAGAUUGGAGCGUCACGUGGCCAGCGUGCAAAGGGGAAUCGUAUUCCUCGAGCACGAGCAUCUUACACUGCUGGCGGGUCUGCACGUGGAGAUCACCAACCUCAAAAGAAGAUGCCAUGAGCUGAGUUGUGAAUUGGACUCAAAGUUCCCACACAGAACAUCUUCAGAAUAUGAAGCGGAGCUGGCGUCACGCUACGAGGCUGCGCAACGCCUACUCGAGGAGCAGCACGGCACGACGAUAGCUGCCCGUGGGGAGCUGUGCCUUGGAGGGGCCCGGGCGUCGGAGUUGGGGCGCAACCUACGCCAGGACGAGCGCCACUUCCUGGAAGAGCUCAAACGUCGCAGCCACAAAAUCACCAUGCUCAAUCGUGAGCUUCAGCGACAGAAGGGCGCCACGGCCGCCCUUUGCCAGCAGCUCAAUGCAGCCCGUGCCGAGCUGCACCAGCGGCGACGCGCGGGGGCCACCGCCAGGGAAUACGUGGACCCGCUCGACCUACCCCUAGAAGAUGAAACUGAAGAGGACGAUGAUGAUGACGAUGAGGGAGAAAGCGCCGAGCGGUCGCCACCACCUGUCUUCCCCUCGGCUGGGCGACGCCCGACAAGAUCCAGCGUGAGGGCAGAGCGGGUACGAGCGUGCGUCCCUCAGGAAAGAGUGAUGUCACCACAGAGGCCACGUCCCAUGCCAGACCCUGCCCUCUUCUUGGCACCCCUUCGAUACCGCCUACUACGAUGGAGCCGACCAAUGAGACUGCAGGAUGGCGAGACGGACGAUUGGGAGGAUGUGGACGAAGGCGGCCUGCAGGGGCGGGUGGACAUGGGCGCUGCUGAGGGGGAGACAGCUUUGUGA